CCAUUUUAGAAUGCGGACAGUUGCAAAUUCGCAAUCUCUUUUCUCGCGCGCACCCACUGCCUUGCCUUGACAUAACGAACAGCCAUUCAUGGAUGCAUUCCAUUCUGCGACCUAAAUUGACGAAGCACCUGAAAAAGGAAGGACGUCUAGCAUCAUGUCGAGCGCUGAGGCCACCAUGACGAAACCCCCACCCAAGUCGUUAGGCAUGAGGAAAAACGGGAAGCAAUGGCAUGCGCCCCGGAAGGCCUUUCGGCCGGGCUCCGGCCUUACGUCGUAUGAGAAGCGCGCAAAGGAUCGCGUUACCAUGGCGGCAGUCAAGGCGAAGGAGAAGGAGAUGAAGGACGAGAAGGAGGCGGAGAGACAGCAACGUGUCCAGGCGAUCAAGGACAGGAAGGCUGCAAAGGAGGAGAAGGAGAGAUAUGAGAAGAUGGCCGAGAAGAUGCACAAGAAGAGGGUUGAGAGGCUAAAGAGGAGGGAGAAGCGCAACAAGGUGCUCAAUUCGUGAGAGGCACAUAUCCGGUCUCCGCGCCUCGGCGACCUCUCCCGCUUCCCGGAGCCGUACGCCACGAGGGCCCUGUGAGAGAGAGAGAGGCCACAACUAGGCCUUCAAGACCGGCGACAUUCACGAAUGGCAAAAUGACCCGAGGGAACCCGCCAUGCUGUCGCUAGGCCCUAUCGCGCCCCCUUUGUCUCUAGUCCCUCCCGCUAAGAAUGCCUCACAAGGGAUUGCGGGAGUGUCACAGGCAGAGGCUCUCACAGUAUCGAGGCGGAGCUUGCCUCUAAUCAGCCUAUUCCAAGGCCGAACUCGGUCACGGAAUUAGGGUCUGGAUGAGGUCUAGCCGGAUCUAGGAGUCUCACGCCAACAGUGUCGCCGUAUCUGGACAAGCCCCGGCGACGCUGGGUUCAAGGAGCCUCCCACACAAACAAAGGGCUAGCAGUGCUUGGUCGCGUGUUCACGUCUGACGUAGAUCGCCCUCCUGAUGCAUCCUGCGUUGCAACGACGAUGAACUCUGUCUUGCCUGGUGCUGGCCGACGAUGGUCGGUUCAUAUCGGUGCAUUGCAUCCCCUGAUAGUCCUCAAUCCACACGAAUUCGAACGUGUACCAAAGUUAUAUGGACAUUUGUCGCCGUGCGUCCAAUGAUGAAAGCCAUCCCGUUGCCGAGUGCGGCACUUGAAACAACAUGACCCGGAAUAGGUUGGCAGUGGUUGAUGCUUUGCUCAUAUAGGUA